GCGAAAGCCUUACGGGGUAAACGCGACCCAAGGUUGCCAAGGGCGGUAAACAAGCGGAGCAUCAAAACUUAUAUUAAUCAAUGCCAUUGCUCGACUAAAAAUUAGACUGUGGCUUCUUGGGAGAUCGUGGUCAGAAAUUGAUAGAAAUUCGAGUUUGUAAAAUAACGUGAACUUUUUUUAAUAAAAAUAUUUAUUCAAUUUAAUUAGUUAAGAUGUAUGGGUGGUUGUUGGAAAGCGUGCAAUACUUCAUAGUGGAAGAAUGCGGGGAAGAAAUAUGGGAGACUAUACUCCGGGAGUCGGGUGCAAGGUGUACUGUCUUCAGUGCAACUCAGCAAUAUCCCGAUGCCUUGAUGUUGAGGCUCGCGAGUGCCCUCGCUCGGCUGAUCUCGAAAGACCCCAACAGCCCUGCUCCAUCCAUUCCAAGCAGUCCAGCUCCCAAGAAAUCGUCAAUAAAAGUUAAACCAGGAUGGCGAAGUGCUUCAGUUCAUGCAGACAACAGAUCACAGAGCUACAGAUGUCCUUUCACAGCAACGAAUGCACUCAAAAGCGUGACCAAAAAGGAAAUUGAUGCUUACAAUUCUUCCGAAGAGAUACGGUCGUCUGUAGCAGCAUCUACCGGGAAGAUUAAUGAAGCCAGAAUUACUGAAGAAGCUGAAAUUGUCGCCCGAGAGUUCCACAGGAGGAGUUUAGGUAUCAAAUUCGAAAAUCAUAAGGUUAAGGAGUCAAUUGAAGAGCCUAUUCCUGAAACCAGUAACGUGGAAGACCAGCCACCUGUUGUGAAAGAAAUUGAGACAGCAGCUUCGGAACCAGCUUCUCCAGAGAGUGACGGAGCUAAAAAGCCUUCGAUUCUAAAGCCAGCACGUAAAACAAGUUGUACGGUUGCUUUGGACGUGUAUAAAAGACGCGGGUCCCUCAUCCCUUCGAGACCACGGAUGAACAGUCUUGGCCUCGUCAGCGUUGACAAGCUGAACCACUUGAGGGAGAAAUUCGGAACUCCUGAGAAAGUGAUGCAUUUCUUCGGGAGAUGUUUCGUCAAGUUCUUCAGUAAUUACGGGUAUGACACGAUGAUCCGGGCAACAGGCCGCUACUUCUGCACGUUCCUGCAGUCGGUUGACAACAUCCACCAGCGAAUGCGCUUCACGUUCCCACGCAUGCGCUCUCCGAGCAUGCAGCUCACUCGUGCGCAUAGACACGGCGCUGAACUUGUGUACAGCAGCGGCAGAACUGGGUUCACGCAUUAUCUUAUGGGUCAGCUGUAUGAGAUAGCAGAGGACAUAUUCUCGCUGAAGCUGAAGGUGUCUGUGGUAAAGGAAAGCAUGGAAGGCACCUACUACGUGGCUGUUCUGAGGCUGGAGUUCGAUAACAGCGAUUAUGUCCAAUCACUUAUGCUCCGCAAAAGUCUGCCAUGCCCUCUGCCAGCAGUACCGGCCUCCUUGCUACUGCAACUGUUCCCCUUCGGAGUUCUGCUGGACAGGAAGAUGAAGAUCCUCAAGGCGGGAGAGCGAUUGGUAGCUACUUGGGGAGGACCUCUCAACCGCAUACUAAAAUCAUCUAUUAGCGAAAUAUUACGCCUGAGAAAACCAAAAGUAUCUCUUACGUGGGACAAGGUGGUGUGCAUGCAGACAAUGAUCUUUGACCUGGAGUUGCUUCGGUACCGCAGUCGGGGCUGUCCCGAAGUGCGGAGAGGCUCACAGGGAGCUCGGUCCAUCCUACUGAGAGGACCCAUUUAUCUACUGGAGGAAAUCGAUGCACUCAUCUUUCUCUGCAGCCCAAUAUUCAAUGACCUGGAAGAACUUGCCCAAGCCGGGCUUUCUCUAGCAGACAUGAACGGUCACGGACUCUCCAAAGAAAUGCUCUUGCAAGGCUGGCAGCACCUCUCCCGCUUAGAACUACUCUUCGAGAAGGCUGAGAGCAGGAGUAUUUCUCUCGAGAAGUCCUGCAGACUCCUGGAUCAGUGGAAGAAGAGAGGAGAUCAAUUGCUUUAUACUAUGAUUCCGAAAGGCAUUGCUGAUCACUUGAGAGCGGGGAAGGAUCCUAUGGCUGCCUGUCAGGCAUUUGAAAACGUGACGAUAAUUUUCUGCGCUGUACAACUAGCAGAGGCAGGCACGCGAGCUGAUGUAAUGCAGACCGUUGCUUACAUGAAUGACGUUUAUUCAAGGAUCGACAGGCUUCUCGAUACACAUCGCGUUUACAAGGUGGAGACAGUGGGCACGGUGUACAUGUUGGUGUCGGGCGCGCCGGAGCGGCGACGCACGCACGCGGCGUCGGCCGCCAGUGCUGCUCUCGCCAUCUCGCGGGCCAUCCCUGCACUCACUAUAGGCAUCCACACUGGCCCAGUUGUAGCUGGCGUGCUAGGACUACGCCUGCCUCGCUACUGCCUUGUGGGGGAUACGGUCAACACCGCCAGCAGAAUGCAGACUUCUUCUGAACCUGGUCGCGUUCAAGUGUCAGCAGUGACGGCGAAUCAACUGCCAGCUGGUAGAUUCAGGCUCCGACCGCGAGGACUCAUCAAAGUCAAGGGAAAAGGCACUAUGGAAACUUUUUGGCUCGAAGGAGAGAUCGAGGAAGAGGAACAAAAUGAUGCGUUACAGCUAUUUUCAGUAUUGUACGGAGAAAAUGACAAUUGAACAUAAACCCAAAUAUCACUAGGUAUAUAAGUAUCUUGGUUGAAGGGAGGAACUAAUAUUAUGUGAUUUGCAUACUAAACAUACCUAUUUAGUUUAGUAGUCAUUCUUUGACACUCUAAAAUGCUCGAAAUCUAUGAAUCCUGAUAUACCUAGAUGUUUUAAACUGAAAAAUAAAAUGGUUAUUUACACAAAUACCUACCUAUAAUGUAGAUACCUAAUGAAAUAUAGCGGUUAACUUGAAUCAUGAGGAAGUGGUUAAACUGACCACUAAAUUAAUCAUUGGAUUUUUACGGAGUCAUUCAUUUCACCGAUUUUCCUUUACCUAGUCAAUUUCUUGUUCAAUUACAGAAUAGGUUCUAUCGAAAAAUUAUAUUUAAUUCUAACGGAAGUAACCAAAGCCACGUAUCUGAAUGAAAUAAUUGUAGGUCUAAUAUAUCACGAUAUUGAUAUCUGUAAUCGUAUGAUUACCUUAAUAUAUCACGUUUAUCUAGACUUCAAUAGCAAUUGAUUGUCAUACUGAUUGCAUAUUAAUCUAUGUAUUAUAUCGAAUGAACAAAGGUUUUGUAGACUUAUCUAAUUAUGUGACGAUAUAUCAAAUCAAUUUUUUUAAUAUUUUGUUUAUAGAAAAAAACUACCUACUUAAUAAGAAAUACGUCAGACAUUUUUUUUUAUUGACAGAUGAAAACGUUUGACGUUUUAAAAGUACUCCUAAGUUAGUACAGGUGAAAUCAAACCACAUUUUUGCUAAUAUAGUAAUAAUUUAAUAUCAACAGACGAAUUAAAUUCGUUUUAUUUUUUGUUGCUUUUUAUAAUUUGAUUCAAUUAGGUACAAUAUUGUGUCGUAUCACUAGGCUACAUAAUACCAACUGCCCGGCUUAGAAGUCAACAAGAUGCAACAUUUUGGAACUGAAUUACACGUUCUAUUCAAAACUAAUUAAUUCGAAUAACACAACUCCAUAAGGUCCUAACUAUUUUCUUCUUGACCGGGCAGUAAACCUUACUAACAAUAAUAGUAUAUUUAAAGUUAAAUCGUAAUUACAAUAAAAGUGUAGAAAAUAAAAUAUUUACAUGUUCUGAUAAAAUAUUGUAAAACAGUAUCUAUUAUUGUUAUUGUGCAUGAUUGUAUUUACAGAAACUGUGUUAACAUGUUUGUAAAACAGAUGUGUAAUAAAGUUUAAACUUAA